CUGGAAGAGAAAAUGCAAUGUGUCUAUAAAUAUAUGCGUGUCUGUGGCUGUUCUUGUUUUUCUGCCUCUAGUUGAACAUGAAUGCACGCCAGCUCCCAUGUUCCCCGUGUGUAUUUCCUGCAGGGGGCAGUUGCUUAGGUGACCAGCAUUCCCCCAGCUCUUUGAGAAGCACACACAAAGCUGUCUGGUUACUAUUCCUCACUAUUGUUUACAGACAAGAGUUACAAAGCUAAGAGCCAUUUAGAACUGAUACACACAUAUUCAAUGCUGCUAGAGAAUUAACAACAUCCAUACUGUAUAUUUUUGUAUAUAUAUAUAUAUAUAUAUAUUUGUGUGCGUGUAUGGAUUCUUUCCCUUUGUUUUUUUCAAUGCAAGUCUAAUUCUGCAAACAAAGCCGUGGAUGUAAAUCUAUCAUGUGCCGACUGUGGAUGCCUCCUUUGUUUUCAGAGAGUGAAUACAGAAGACCGAUGCCUUUUAUCGCCUAUUAAGUAGUACUCCAUGUGAAGAUUUUGCUGCCAUUCAAAAUGGAAAAGUAUGAAAACCUGGGGCUGGUAGGAGAGGGGAGCUAUGGAAUGGUCAUGAAGUGCAGAAACAAGGAGACCGGGAGAAUUGUGGCCAUCAAGAAAUUUCUUGAAAGUGAAGAUGACAAAAUGGUUAAGAAGAUUGCAAUGAGGGAGAUCAAAUUGCUGAAGCAACUCAGACAUGAAAACCUGGUAAAUCUCCUAGAAGUGUGCAAGAAGAAGAAGCGCUGGUACCUAGUGUUUGAAUUUGUUGAUCGCACUGUAUUGGAUGACCUGGAACAAUUCCCUAAUGGGCUGGACUUCAACAGAGUGCGAAAAUAUUUAUUUCAGAUCAUAAGGGGAAUAGGGUUUUGCCACAAUCACAAUAUUAUCCAUCGUGACAUAAAGCCUGAAAACAUUUUAGUAUCGCUCUCCGGGAUUGUGAAACUGUGUGAUUUUGGAUUUGCACGAACCUUGGCUGGACCCGGUGAAGAUUACACAGAUUAUGUUGCAACAAGGUGGUAUAGAGCACCUGAGCUCUUGGUCGGAGACAUCAAGUACGGCAAAGCAGUUGAUGUAUGGGCUAUUGGCUGCAUAGUGACGGAAAUGCUUACAGCACAGCCACUUUUCCCCGGAGAUUCUGAUAUUGAUCAAUUACACCACAUAAUAAAAUGUCAAGGCAACCUUACACCUAGGCAUCAGGAGUUGUUCUACAGGAACCCUAUGUUUGCAGGUGUUUCUUUGCCGGACAUGAAAGAAGCUGAAUCUCUUGAACGGCGAUAUCCAAAACACUCUCCUGUUAUGUUAGAUUUAGCUAAGAGUUGCUUACAUAUUGAUCCAGAAAAGAGGCCAGCUUGUGGGACCCUGCUACAGCAUGAACUUUUUACAAAAGACAAUUUCUCUGAAAGAUUCUCCCAGGAAAUUAGGGCAAAAUUGCAAAACCUCUCCAAAGACAACUCAUCGCAAUCCAAAAAAGUGAAAAACCACACAAAGGAAAAAGAAGAUUAUGCAAUAGAAAAUAAGACUGUAGCAUUCCAGGACUGCAACUUUGACUCGAAAACAAAAGAGUUAAAAGCUUCAAAAGUGAAAAUAAUGAAAACUGAUUUGGAGAAGGGUGAGAAGAGCGAUGCAUUUUCCAACAGCUUUUACAGUGGCGGGACGAACCAGAAUAAGAUGGCGUCGCAUGUUGCAUUAAAGGAGACGAGUAACAGUCUGGAUCUUCACAAGAGUGCUGGGAUAAUUCCGCCAAUUAGCUACAACUUAACUGCCAUAUCCCCGUAUAUGAACUCCAAUGCAAACACUGUCUCUGGUAUAGGGCAUGUUCAUUUCAGGGGAGAAGAAAAAAAUAAACUGUUUAUCAGUCCUUUAAAGAAAAGUGGAAAACCUGCUAUGGGAAGUUAUUAUAAUCAGAAUUUUGCACCUCUGGUUGACAAGAGCCCUCUACAAAAAAACAAGAAAAGGUGGGACUUUUCUAAAUCUGAGAUACGGUUACCAGAGCUUCACUACAGUCAUUUACCAGAACUAAAAGGAACAGAUUGUGGGACACUUUUUGGUGCUCAGAGUUCUAAGUUGACAAAGAAAGAUAUCAGGACAGUACAAGAACCUCGCAUUCCAUCUCUUGCCAUAAGUGAGCUUCACAAUCCAAGCAUGGCCUUGCCACAGGUUUUAGGAAGCCUUUUGCAAGAGACCCCUGAUGCAAAUUUUCCACCAGUGGAACACUAGCAAAAAAAUUUAACAAAAGGCAUUUUUGUAACAGGUAGAACUAAACACUGGGAGCACAGCCCAUAGUUGAUGUAUGGACCUCCAAAAAAAAUGUUAUCAUUUCAGGCCUCUAUCAAAGACGUCAAAAGUUGUAGCGUAUUCUGAUUCCAGUGACAAUGGAGAUCUCUCUUUUGGCUUCAUUGGCUCUAAUAUCUGACGCUGAUAAUGCUAUCUAACUUAAUCAUUUAUUGCAAUAUUUAAAAGCAGCAGUAUGCUAUACCAAUAAGCCCUGACAAAUCUUGUAUCAUUAAAUCUAAUUUUUGGCAACCUGGGAA